UAUGGCUAACCACCGGGAUGCAGACAAGACAAGAUCACCGCAGACAUCCUGGAUGCUAUCGUGGCGUUGCAGAACAGGUUCGACACCUUCGACCAGCGCAUGAGCAGGCUUGAGCGUGCCAUGGUCCGCAAUGGGACUUCAGUCGACGUUCCGGCCGAGCCGCCGCUGGACGACGACGAACGGCCCGAAUCGGCGGAAUCGGCGGCGCUCACGGCUGAGGAUGCAGGAUCAUCAUCUCCGGGGGACACGGCAGGAACGCAGGCCCCGAUCAACAGCCAAGAGGCGAGGACCAUCACGCGCAGCAUGGAGGAAGAGAAAGAGGUAGAGCCCGGCCCGGCCGUGCGGCCGGGCGCCCCGUCCAUCCCGCUAAACCACACCACUCUUGCGGCCUUCCUGCUCAAGUGGAGGCCCAUUUCGGUCCUCGUCCGGGAUAUAUUGGAAGCUGAGAACGUAAAGUACGUGGACGAGUUCCCGAUCCGCCAGGAAGAGAAGCGUGGUCUUCUCCGAGUCUGGGGCCGUGGCGAGGGCUUGGAGAGCAGCCUCCGAGUCGACAAGGUCGAUAGGGAAUCCUUGCGCGACGUGGGCGUCGUGGAGAUGGUGGCGGACGACCUUUCGGAUACCGGCGCGCCCUCGCCGGGCGACUGCUGGGGCGGUAUCAGCAGUUCGCCUGCUCCCGUUGACGGCAAACCUUCCAUCUCGUUACCGACGCCAGAUUUCAGCGAGGCGCUGGUGUGGAAGUACGUCAAGAGCUUCCAGGAUAACAUCCAGAACAUGCAUCCGCUCAUUAUCCCCCGCGAGCUGAACGCCAUGGUCAAGCUGUUUCUGGACACGGUCCAACAGACCAUGGGCAAACAGCCCCGGGGAACCACCAUCGCCAAGUUUGCCACCACGCCGUCGACCCAGUCCGAGACUGGGUCCAAGAGAAAGCGGUCCCCUGGUCCGGACGCCGCCGAGCCGUCCUCAGCGUCACCCAAGUCGUCCAGGCCCGUCUUUCAACGCUCCAUAAACAACGCCCUCGUCUUGUUGGUUCUCGCACUGGGCAAGAUCUGCCUGCACAAGGACAAGAUCCCUGACGUAGUCCCGGUGAGCGAGCCUCCCGCGCAUGGCUCGCCCAUGGCACGGAACGGCUACCCGGCUUCCCCGAUCCAGGGUUCGUCGCCCUCCCAAGCCUCCCACUCUCACUCCUCGGCCGGCCUUCCUUCUCCCAAGGACGGCGCCGAGCGCCCGGGGCCCAGCAGGCGGGCGUCGUUUCAGGGAGGCGGAGCAUCCAUCAAGGGGGGAACAUCUCCAAAGAGGAACAUGGAUGUCAUUCCUGGCCUGGACUACUUCGCCUACGCAACUGACAUCCUCGGCGGUCAAUUGGCCGGGACUAGUCUGCGCCAUAUCUACGCCUUUCUCCUGGCCGGGCUCUAUCAGGGACAGUUAGGAAGGGUUUUGGAGAGCUACGCUUACAUCAAGGAAGCCGGCUUUGCCUUGCAGAUGAAACUGAGGCCGAGCCUGGAUCGAUUCCGGAGGUUGAACGAGAUGGGCCGCCAAGGUGCGGUAAGCGACAAGUCUGAUAACCAGCUCGUUUUUGCCUUCUGGACCUGUCUGCAACUUGAAAGCGACAUUAUCGCCGAGCUUCCCCUCCCGCAAUCGCACAUCUUGGCCUACGAGGACAUAAUGCCGUAUCCGAACAUUGAGGUGGCCAAAAAGCUAGGAUUCGAUGAGCACGUGCUUCAGAGUUAUUUGGCCCAGUUAUACCUGCGCAAGACUCUGAAUCAGAUCCACGGAAUGCUCUACAAUCCGGAGAAACCGCUGCCGCUAGACGUCACGUCGGGCGCGGCCAACAUCAUCGAAUAUAUCCAGGAGACGAUGCACCUGAGUUUCGUGCCGCCCGAGUUCAUGUUUGAGCCUACCGACCCGCCGGCCAGCGAUAUCCUGUCAGCUCGGCUCCGCGCCAAGUACUGGGGCGCGCAGGUCAUCACGUACCGGCCGUUUGUUAGGCAGAUCCUCGAGUUCAACUUCCAAAAGAUGGCCAACGACACCCCGUUGCCUGCGUCCGACUUCCGCUCCGGCGUUGUGGUGCCCGUCAUUGGCCCCGACAAUGACAUCCCUCCGCAGAUGAUCGAGUACGCGGUCAAGGGUGUCGGGGCCCUGAUUGAGAGCACCCGGGCGUUCCAUGGACUCAAGGAGAAGCGGUUCAUUGUGACCAACAUCUUUGGAACCGCUCAUGCCCAAUGGGGCAACCUCCUCACCCUCGCGGCCGCGUUCCGAGAUCCGAUAUUGAGUAAUUAUAUCGACGAGCGACUCCUCAAGGAGCUCUUCGCCAAAACCAUCUCCUUUUUCAAGAUCAUUGCACCCCCAACAAGCGCCUUGCACAUCGACCUACGGAUACUGGAAGGCCUCCAGCGCAAGCUCUGGGGAAAGUCUAGCAGCACCGAGGCGGUAGACCAUCCGACCGGAUCAAGCUUUUCCAGCUCGGCGAGCGGCGGGCCACCGCCUGUCCAGCCCAUGGCUCCAGCGCCUCCGAUGCCGCCCGUUGCCGGCCCGACUGGCGUUCGCUCCUCUCCGGGAGACCACGUCGGCAACGGAAUGACGAGUAUGUCUCCGCCACUGCCGUCGCCCCUCCCGGCAACGAUGCCUGGGUCGGCGACCCCAGUACCCGUGUCACCUCUUGAACCAAGCCAGGGGCCAUAUCCCGGCGGCAUGCUACCUCCCAUGCAACACCAACCUUCCCAUCAUUGAGAGGAGAGGGGUUCUCGCUGGAGGAGAGAAGUGUGUGGAGAUAGAUCCCCUUGCGCGCGGCUCUCUCCUGAUUCCCCUCGUUUUCUUUUCAACUCUACCUUGCCAGUCUCGGCAUUCCCGGAGUUCGCCUUCGACGAGCCCAUAUUCGAUCAGUCCCCGGUCCUUGGACUCAUCCAACAGC